GAGCAAACCAAUCAAAUCAAAUAUUGGGAACAUCGAUCGCAUCCAUCCCUGCACUUAAAAAGCCGCUGUUUAUAAUUCAAUCGUACUCCCUGAAGCCUAUAUAAAACCUCUGCCUCUUAACUCCAUUUUGCAAUUCCUUCUCACUCCUCUCUCCUCUUCUUUCUCUUAAUUCAUCUUCCACUUUAGUUUUAGAUCGAAAAAUCAAAACACACUUUGUAUUUUUAUACAUAUAUAUAUAUAUAUAUAUACACGAAAAAUUAAAAAAAAAAAGGAAAAGGAAAGGAAAACAUUUCGUAAAAGAUCAGAUCCAUGGGGGUCUUCUGCCUCUCAGCCAUAGCUUUGCCUUUGUUGGUAGCCAUUAUCUCCGCCGUCCAUGGCUGCCCUCCUUCAGACCGAGAAGCGCUGCUAGUUUUGAGUUCGUCGCUCGAGGACCCAUACUUGGGCAUCUUCGACUCGUGGAAGGGCACUGACUGCUGCUCCAACUGGUAUGGCAUCAGUUGCGACCCCACCACUCACCGCGUCACAGACGUUUCCCUGCGAGGUGAGUCUGAGGACCCCAUUCUCCAUAAAAACGGACGCCCCGGUUCGGGCUUCAUGUCCGGUUCCAUUAACCCUUCCAUUUGCCAGCUGAACCGCCUCACCGCUUUGAUCAUCGCUGACUGGAAAGGCAUCGCUGGAGAGAUCCCUCAAUGCGUGGUUUCGCUACCCGACUUAAGAGUCUUAGAUCUCAUUGGCAAUUCCCUGUCUGGAAAAAUCCCAGAACAGAUAGGGAAUCUCCAGAAACUCACUGUCUUAAACCUGGCGGAUAAUAAGAUAAGUGGAGAGAUCCCAAGCUCCUUAGUUCAACUCUCCAGUUUAAAGCAUCUGGGUUUGAGCAACAACCUUCUCACAGGGGAGAUUCCUGCCAACUUGGGCAACCUCAAGAUGCUGAGUCGCGCAUUGCUGAGUCGAAACCAACUCAGCGGGACGAUUCCCAGCUCCAUUGGCAAGAUGUCCAGGUUGGCUGACCUGGAUUUGUCAAUAAACAAGUUAUGGGGUCAGAUACCAAAGGAGUUGGGGAACAUGCGGGUGCUUUCAACGUUGAAUUUGGAUAGUAAUAUGAUUUCAGGUCAAAUACCGUCGGUCGUGUUGGCGAAUACGGGCCUGGGAAUCCUGAACUUGAGCCGAAACUCCCUUGAAGGGGAAAUACCAGACGUUUUCGGGCCCAAAUCUUACUACAUGGCUCUUGAUUUAUCCUUCAAUAACUUGAAAGGUCCAGUUCCCAGGUCUAUAUCGUCGGCAAAAUACAUUGGACAUUUGGAUCUGAGCCAUAACCAUCUUUGUGGAUCCAUUCCCGUGGGAUCACCGUUCGAUCAUCUUGAAGCAUCGUCUUUUGACAGCAAUGAUUGUCUUUGCGGCAACCCACUCAAGACUUGUUAAUAGCCUGCUUAGAUGAGGUUAAUGUUAAUAAGCAUGAGGGCUGCCCAAUAAUCAAGAAUUGGAGUCGGUUUUUUUUUUUUUUGUUCUUUUAUGAAAAUGAAAUUGAAAUGUGGUGCUGUAACAGUGUGUUAAAAUAGUAGUAGUAUACUUUUUUCUAUAUAUUUUUUCUAUAAGGUUGAUUAUCUGAUUCUCAUGCUAUGUAACCAUUUUCAGACAAGGUGAGUUGCAUGCACGUGAUGUGAUUAAAAGCAUAAGAUUCAGAAAAAAAAAAGUUACAAAGAUAAGGAGCAAAAGAUUCCCAACUUUAUUUUGCAUGGAUAAGUGGUUGGAUUGGAAUUUGACAAUUUGUGCUUGCUGCCUGUUGCAGUUCCACCUCCACUUGUAAAAAGAGUUAUCUUUUCCUUGGAAUUUGUGAGUUUAUGUGUAUUCAUUCAUUUUAUGGUCCUAGAUGCGUUCAUUAAAGGUUUGGAACGAAUUCUGGUGAAGCAUUUAAGCCAUGUCGUUGGGUAAGUGCACAAGGUAAAAAUA